AUGCAAUGAAAGCCUUGAAAAACGUGAGCAUGUCAUACAUGGCUAACUUUACUACAAGUAUUGCAGUAGCUGCCUCUGAAAACUUUCAGCUUCGGAAGGCGCUGGUGGAGGAACAAUUCGAUGCCGUUAUUACUACUUGGUAUAUGAACGAUUUUGAAGCUGGAUACGCAGCUAUUCAGCAAGUCCCCUGGAUACUCUUCAGCUCGGUGAACUAUCACGUAAUCUUGGAAGACAUGGUGGAUGAAGUCAGGUCCAUCCCCACCCAUCCCAUGAUGUUCAACGACUGUGAGGCCCCCAUGAGCACGUGGAGACGGUGGUUCAAUGGAAUCCUUUAUAUUGGACUCAAUUUGUUUACGUGGUACGACGAACCCCGCAAGGUAGGGGUAUAUGAAGACAUAUUUGCACCCCUAGCAGAGACCCGCGGCGUUCCUCUCCCCCCAUUCUCCGAAGCACAGCAUAACGUCUCCAUACUCUUGGUGAACUCCCACGAGUCUUUAGCUCCGAGCAUCAGCAAGCCUCCUAAUGUCAUUAACAUUGGUGGCUUUCAUCUUGAUGAGGAUGCUCCUCCGUUGCCCAAAGACUUACAAGAUCUCCUCGACGGUUCUCCACAAGGAGUCAUCUACUUCAGCCUCGGUUCCGUGCUCCGCUCAUCAGGGAUAGACGCGAAGAAACGCGACGCACUCGUGAAGAUGUUCGGGAAGCUGCCUUACACCGUGCUGUGGAAGUAUGAGGAGCCUCUGGACAACCUGCCUCCUAAUGUACAUGUUAGACCUUGGUUGCCACAACCCAGUAUUUUAGCUCACAAAAACACAAUCCUAUUCAUCACCCACGGAGGUCAGUCCAGCACAGUGGAAGCCAUUAUAGCUGGUAUACCCAUCGUCGCGGUACCAGUCAUGGGAGACCAGCCGGCGAAUGCUGAGCGCGCAGUGAGAGCGGGGUAUGGACUGCAAGCUGACUUCAAUGCUGAUCUAGCUGAUGAACUGGAUGUAGCUGUGAAGGAGAUAUUGAGUAGUGAUAAGUACCGCAACAAGGCGAAAUUCUUAUCAAAACUGUUCCGCUCUCGUCCCGUGCCGCCGGCGAAACUCAUCCCGUUUUACGUAGAGCUCGCUAUUGAAACUAAAGGAGCUUUCCACCUACGCUCACUAUCACUCAAGUACAGUUGGUAUGAGCGCUGGAUGCUCGACUUCGUGCUCGCUGUGCUCGGCGUGCUCGCGGCCCUCACGUGGCUCGUCAAGCUCGCUGUCACAGCUUGCGUCAGAAGAUUUAGUGGCAAGAAGCAGAGUGCGAAUAAGAAGAAGAAUUAGGGUCUCGUUCUUUUUUACGUUUAUUUUACUGAUUAAGCAGUAUGAUGUCAAUAUUGUAAAAAGAGUUGUAGUUUAAGGAAGGAAAAUA